UGGCUGCCAAUUCACUCACGGAAUUGCCACGAAUUAUAUCUAGAGCAUCUGUGUGACUUCACAACGAAAAAUCUAUUUUCAUCCGCGAUCGAACACUUUGUUUUGAAUGAUCCGUCACAUCUUCCACUACAUGUAUCUUGUAUUACCCGCGCUUAAAUGUCGUCACAAAACAAACACAUGAAAUGGAACCUUUAGAUUUGUUUGGGUAUUUAGAAGCCUGGAAAUUCAAGAUUUUGGAAGUUUGAAUAUUUGCAAAAUUUGAGAAUUUGGAAGUUUAAAUAACUAAGAAUCAUACUUCUAAAUAUUAAUAUUUUUGCUGAUCUUUUAUUGAAAUGAAUCUUUUCGUUGAAGAAGAAAGACAAAUUUUUAGUUUUUUACAGCAACGAAAUUGUUGCUUAAGAUGUUGUUUCCGUUUUCUUGGGUGGCGUAUGCCAGAUUGCUUUCAAGACCCUGUUAAAUUUGCAAAACGUUCAAAAUAUAUUGACAUAGAAGAUAAUUUCACUGAUGAUGCACUAUGUGUGGCUUGCUUGGGAAUUCUUCAAAAUAAAACACAAGAAUUAGUUAUUCAAAAAAUUCAAGAUGAAGUACAGAAACAAAAUUAUGACAGUGAAACUUUUAUGUGUGCAUUGAAAAUACCUGUAUGCAUUAGUAUCAGAGAACGUUUGUUACAUAUUCAAUGUGCCACUGAACUUAAACUUUCAGAAGAUACAUUACUGAAUCUUAAAGUCAAACUUCAGAAUAUUAAAGAUGUUUGGAAAUGGGUAAUGAUUCCAAAAAUAGAAAAUGCAAUUAAGAAGCAGGCAGAUUUAACAACACCAUCUGCAUUUUUUAUUGAAAUUUUCCUGGCAUAUAAGAAUAAUGAAACAGAAUGUGGCUCUUUAUUAAAUAUGAGCAGAGGAUUAAAACCAACUACAAGUAAAAGGAAAAGAGAAUGUAAUGAUAACAGAUUCAGUAGAAAAUGUAUAGAAACUUUAAUGACCAAUAUUACAGAUAAAGUUUUUGCUGAAUAUUUCAAAACUGUGUCAUUUGAAACAACUGAUAGUAUUGAAGUAGAAAAUAUUUUAUGCUCACACUCAAGUAUUUUUAUUGGAGGUAAAUACAAUAAAUUAUCAAGAAAACUUAGUCAAACACCAUGGUUUAUAAAUGGAGAAAAAAAAAUGCCAACAUCUGUUCAAGAUAUAAUAUGUAAUCCUAUGAUUGAAGCAGUGAAACCUCAAUGUAUUAAAUUUUUAUCAUCUGGGAGAGAAGAUGUUGAUGUUAGAAAUAUACACGGAGGAAGACCAUUUGCCAUUGAAUUAAUUAAUCCUCGAAUGACAAAAAUAACAGAAAACUUGUUAUCAACUUUAGUCACUCAAGUAAAUGAGGCUUCACGACAAGUACAAAUUACGUCAAAUUUAAAAAUUUUAUCUACACCUGAUUUAAAAAAAUUGAAGGAAGGUGAAAACGUUAAAACAAAAUGUUAUCGAGCACUGUGCAUAUGUCGCGAUGCAUCGAAAAAUACAGUCUCGCUCGAAGAAUUAAAUAAUUUAAAACGAGUGAAAAUAACUCAAAAAACACCAAUAAGGGUAUUACAUAGAAGACCUUUAUGUCCUAGAGUCCGCUUAAUAUACGAAAUGAGAGCUCGUUGGGCAAAACCUGAAGAACUAACAAAUUUGUUAGACACUGCAAAUGAAGAUGUUAAUAAGUUUUUCGUACUAGAUAUUAAAACACAAGCGGGAACAUAUGUGAAAGAAUUUGUACACGGAGAUUUUAAACGUACUACACCGAGCUUAUGUGAUAUUCUCAAUUGUGAAGUAGAUAUAGUUGCAUUGGAUGUGACAGGUAUUAAUUUAGAUUGGCCAUGAAUUGGCUAUUUAAAAUAUCUGUUUUUUAUUGAUUAACGAGUGUAAAUAUCACUAAUUCAUUUAUAUACUAAAUAAACUUUAUGAAUUAUUUCUUUAA